AAAACGUCAUGAGCGAUGUCUCCUUAGAUUGUAGAUUGUCAUCGAAAUCGGUAGAGGCUGCCCCAGAGAUUUGAGCCGUUGUAAGGCGUAUCAAAUCAGCCCGAGUUUUGUCUGACAAAAACAGUCUUGAAACCUGCUUCAGCUCACGAGAGGUUAGCCUGCUAAAUAUCUCAGACAUCAACCGUUUUUAGUUCAUACCGGAGAUGGUGCUGCUAUAAAGAAACGUUAACGUUGCUAAUAAUUUCCCGAAAGUACAAUAAAACUAUUAUAGCAGAACAACUCCGAGCUGAAAAGUUUGAGGGGGUUACUGAGUUUUUUCCUUGUCUAGGGUUGCAUGUACUCUUGUCUCGCUCGUGCACAAGUGGAUAAUUGUAAUUGCACCGAAAUGAAAUUCCCUUCUGGAAAAGGAAUCUGUUCCACGACUUCUGAAGUGAGAUGCAUUCAGGAGAUGCAACGCAGAUAUGAUGACGAUGAUGGACUUGGUUGCUCUGCAAAAUGCCCUCAACCUUGCUCUCAGGUAACCUACAGGAUGUCAUCUUCCAGUUCUGCUUGGUCACGUGGAUACGAGAGACUAUUACGAUCAAUCAUGCUUAAAGAUAACGAUUCUGACAUUCAUGAGAUGGGAAAAAACGAGGAUGCAUUCAGGGAAAAUUUUCUGCGAAUAAAGAUUUAUUUUGAGGAGCUAAACAUGGAGAAAAUAACCUACUCAGAAUAUUACGAACUUGAGAAUCUCAUGAGCGACAUUGGCGGACAACUGGGUCUUUGGAUCGGCGUAUCAGCCAUUACAGUGGCAGAAGUGUUCAAACUUCUCCUGGAUAUUAUCAAAGUGCUGUUCCGAAAAACUUGUGUCACGGAUGUCAGAAAAGUUGAAGACAUAAACAUGGCAUAGUUUAAAAAUUCAGAAACAUGUUGUAGCCGGUCCUGAGCGAAAGACGUCAAUAACGAUAUACUUAAUGCCAUAAUUAAUGCCCAGUGCUUCUCAUAAUCUAUCACUUAAGAUGAAUGAACCGCGAAAGAAUGCAGGCUCAACGAAAACAAAUGUGAACUUGGGAGACUUGUGACGCGAACAAAGUAACUCAGAUGUCAUCUUAAAGCUUGUAUUAGUUCAUUUCAAGUGCCAAUUGAUAACUUUGGUAGUUGUAAGAACCAUAGUUAAAGGUUUGAGCUAGUUAAACUAGAUGUAAACUCGAUUUUUUUUUAAUGGGUUCGCCAGUCUCGUUUUUUAGAAAACUGUAAAGGCAUGAAUGAUAAUCACGGUUAUGUACAUAACUUAUUAAGCGGUUGUGAAAUGAAA